AUGGGUCUCUUCGAAGCAACAGUCACACCAAGCCUCACCGUGAUGACUGGCUUUGGUACACGCGCCAAGAGAUUCCACUCCGACAAUGCAUCUGAUAUUCCUCCAUCGGAUGGGGAGGUAUUACCGGGUCCUACAUCUCGUUCGGAGUUUCCAAGUUCCCUGAAAACUUUCGCCCAGCUCGAUGGGAGCUUUAUUUUCUACAUCCUCGAUCCCAAAGCCCAUUCUGCUUUCAUCUCGAUAAUCGCAGCGGCUAUUCCGAACGGCGUGCUGAAUUCAUUCUCAACAAUCAUCAUCAAGGAUGUGGCAUUCUCGACGAUGUUGACGACCGAACUCAAGUCUGUCGGCGGUGCAGUACUCAUUAUAGCGCUGAUUAUCGGUGGCGUUAUCACUCCGAAUGUGCCCAACUCACGAUUACUUACUUCGACAGCUGCGAAUAUUUUGUGUACCGUUGCUGCUGGCUACAUGACUUACUUGCCUCGCUCGCAUACUUGGACGAGCACUGCGUAUUGCUGGGGAAACUUUGCUGGCCCAUUCGUAGUGAAGGAAUCUCAAGCACCUGAAUUUAAGGGCGCUACUAUUGGUCUUCUGGGUGGUUACUUGAUCAAGACUGUUUGCCAGUUAAGUCUUCUUGAGACAGGGUAUAUGUUCUUUGUCAUCCGACGUCGCGAUUCGCACUAUGGAACGGCGGAUAAAGCCCAGAGUGACGAGGCUGGAAUGAGGGACUGUACUGAAUUCGUGAACAAGAAUUUCCGUUAUGUACUAUAG